AUGAACGACGGUGGUUAUGGGAUCGUUAUUGGUAUCUUUGUUGGUGUUCUGAUAGCAUGGACUUGUCGAAAGCGUAAUCGAAUGCAAUGGUCGGAGAAAAUUUUUGGUUCUCAAUUUACGGAUGAUCAUAGGCAAGAUUUUGAUAUUUUUUUAAUUUGAGUCACUCCGUACUCUAAUUCGACAUCAAUUCCAUUAUGUCUUAUUCUGCUUCCUUUUUAUGUCCAAUCGACUUGAAUCUCAAAAUUUUGAGAUUUUCUCGAUCCUAAUCCCAAUUUGACUUGUUACAGUAACCCCAUCAAUCUUCGCACCUGUCAAGAAGCACUUCAAAGUCGGAUCAACGAGAUAGAAAGGAAUCUAAAGCAGAUUUCAUUGUCUAAAACCAUGCCAAGAAAGCAACUCCAAAAGUUUGUUGAGGAGGAAAGAAAAGCUCUGGAUUGUCUCUCACUCGAACUGGAACAUCUGAAAGAGGGAAAGCCAUCAAAGUGUUUGCUUCAAGCAUGGGUUAUUGCUAGUCAACGGGGCGAGGACAACACCAUCAUUUUACGAUAUUAA